UGGGAUGAAGUAUUACAAUUUGUUACAUUUAAUUAUAAUACAUCAAUACAUGCAACAACAAAACAAACACCAUUCGAAAUGAUGCAUGGAAGACAAGUUACACUUCCAUUUGAUCAACAAAAAGAAAUUAUUUCGCUCACACAAGAUCCAGAGCACAGUCAAAAAAUUAGAAUAUAUCUCGAAAAAUUAGUAAAUGAAGCUCGAAACAAUAUUAUAAAAAAUCAACAACAAUAUAAAGCUCGAUAUGAUUUACAUAGACAAGAUUUAUUAUUAAAAGUCAAUGAUCUAGUUUUAGUAAAAACAAGAAAUGUUAGAAAUAAAUUUGAUAUACGAUAUGAAGGUCCAUUUAAAAUUAUUAAACAAUUAGGACAUAAAACAUUCAUUGUUCAACACGUAAAAAAAUUAACAUUAACAAGACAAGUAACAAUGGAUGUUAUCGUUCCUUUGGUGGAACGAUGGAAUUUAAUUUAA